CGCCAGCGCCCACACACACUCCCCUCAACAGGGUUUAUGUAUGCAUCUUGUGUGAGUGUGUGCGCGCGAGUGUGUGUGAGCGAGUGGGAGACAUUACACUUGUGUGUGCUCUGCCUGUCUGCCUAAUAGACUUACCCCCCAGCUCGCCGUUUAAAGGGAAGACAAGAGAGCUGAGUCAACAAAUCGCAAGCAGAAGGAUGCAACAGUUGAUGUGCGCAAGCUGCACACUUUUCUGCCAUUUGUGUGCACACACGCACACACCCCGGAGGACGGUGAUCUGUGGGGAUGUUGGGUUGCUCCGAGUCCGAGUCAUUCUGUGAGAUUUCAAUCCGAUCAUUAAAACAGCAGAUCUGCAGUUUUACCAGGAUCCUGUCCGCCUUUCUCCCUUGCACCUAAAAAUGGACAUCUGGAGUGGAACGCAUUCGCAGGGACUUCAUGCUCUGCAGGAAUGGAGUUAGUGUGUGAAUUUCUGAUGGUCUGCGGCGGUGAAUGGUAGCCUGUGAAGGCGGAGUGCAGCCCAAUAUGCAUCGGAUUCUGCAGAGGAGGAGAGUGCGCAAGCUGCGGGUCGUCUGGGCUUCUCUGGCGCUGGUGGCUCUGGCCCUGGCCGCAUGCAGCGCACUGUUCACGGCGUGGACUUGGCGACAGACGCGGGACUUGUCUCAGUCCUUCCAGGUCCUGCAGGAUAGACUUGAGCAGGUCAACACACAGAGGAAGGCCAUUGUUCAGCUCAUCCUGGAGAAGAGAGAGCUGCUACUGGAGCGAGUGAAGAGAGACGGGGGAACGGCGCGAGGGAGAAGUGUAAAUGGAAGGAAGGCGGCGUCUCAUUUUGAGAUAACCCAACUCUCCUCUCAGCAAGUGGGAGAAGGUGGUGUGAUAAAAGGCUGGGAGGAGAGGACGUUGAAUAUGAGUAAAGCCGUGAGGUACAACAAGGAGCAAGGUACCUUCACUGUGGAGAGGACAGGUGUCUACUUCCUGUUCUGUCAGGUGUUGUUCAACGAGCAGCAGUCUCAGUAUGUGAAGCUGGACGUGGUGACCAAUGGCCUGAGACCCCAGAAGCUGCAGUGUAUGGAGGGCUACGGGACCACUCCUUCUGCAGGACCGCACGCUUUCCACUUUGUGAAGCCGUGUCAGGUCUCUGGCCUGCUGCGGCUGGACAAAAACACGGAGCUGCAGGCCAUCACAGGCCCGUCUUUUAGUCUUCAUCCAGUCGCCAAUCAUGUCUUCAGCAUCUUCAAAGUCAACUGAAGCUCAGUGCUCCCCUGAUCUGUGCUGGAAACUUUUCUCAAGUACACUGACUUAUCAGAAAGACACCAGAAUGCUUUUUUGUUGUUUUGUUUCAUUUGCAUGGAUGAUGGCUUUUUUUCUACGUGGGGAAUUGUCACAAGGAAUUACAGAAUGCUGCAAUUUUUUUUUUCCCAGUAAUUCCCACAUUUGUUCAUCUGAAAAACAAACCUGACAUUUGUGGAAGCUGUUGUGGAACUCUUCUCUGGACUGCGGGUCUGUUUGGGAAUGCAGUUCUGGAUUUAAACCAAGACCCACAGUGAACAAAGUUCCUUGAUGAAUUCUUGCAGAGAAAACAGAUGUGAUGGAAGCUGCUCUGUAAAUUAAAGAGAUUCACAGAAAAAGAAAGUUCCUCAGAUGUUUUAGCCUUUGUAUAAUGCAAUAAAGUCUGCCUACACUCGUUAUAAAACUGACAAGUUAAAGCUGUGCAUGCAUCUUCCACAGCUACGAACAUCUCGACACUAUAACAUCUCACUCUGGCUGGAAUAAUGUUGCAUUUGUGUGCAGGGGAAGACUUUGUACUGAUUUUAUGAUCGUGACAAUGCAAUGUAUCUAUGUGAAUUUAAUGCAAACUAUUUUUCCCUUCAAAUAUUUUGUACAUAAGUCCAGACAUUUUACAGAAUAUGCAUCAAGUAAGGAGCUGUUCCAGAAAGUGGAGUGUUUUAAGUAACGUGGAUGUGAAUUUAUUAUUUUUCUACGGUCAAAUGAUUGUAUGGUACAAAAGUCAAGGCGCAAGGUAUUAAUGGCAAAGUAUAAAACUUUAAAUACACCUUUGUCUGCUUUGCCAGAGCUGUUUCUUGUCCAUUUGAUGAUCUAAUGCAAAUCAAUAAUUAUUAAAGUGACAGUGUGUAGUUUCCUGGUGCCAGGUGGCAGUACAUGUUUACAUUUCAGGGUAGUUUUACACCAUAUCAUCAGUAGUUUAAAAAACAUUAUGUUAAAUGUUGUUACCUGUGGAGCAGAAGGCAUGCAACCUUGGCGUGACUCCUCAGAUUACGAUGGUCCUUCGGUUAAUUCCAUUGAGAGAAUGCAAUACCGAUUGUUGUUCUCUGGUGCUGUAGUUUCCAGAUCUGCUUGGGGUCCUGCGUCUGCUGAUGACAUUGUACUACGGCAACACCUCUAGGUCAAAAUAUAUUGCAACUCUUUUUCAAUUUUGUUCUUUCAUCUAUGUUUUGGAAAGAGUUUAGCAGUUUUGUUAUUAAAUUAAUGUUUCUAACUGCCUAAAUGUAUUCAUACGUGAUAUCGUCCUUAAGUCGUACGUCCAGCCAAUCAUCUAGUGUGACGCCAUCAACAGGCGCAGGACCUCGAGCCGACCUGAAGGGAACAUUGCGACUAAUAUGGCGUCUUGCAAUGGCACUAGACCCACAACCCAUGUGCUUUAGACCCAAUUUUUAUGGUUAUAUGUUAUGAAGCUGCCAAUAUUUUCCAACAACCUGACAGCUUUUGAUUCAUUUUUAACAACAUUUUGAUGGAUAUGUUCAAAUAUUAAUGGUAAAAGUACACAUUGUCACUUUAGGGUGCACAAUAUAUAAUUUGUCACAAUAUCUGAUGGGGUGAUAAACUAGCACUUAUUAAGCAAUUGCCACUAGUUUUUGGUCUGGUACCAAUUAAACUGAAUUAUUUUGUUUAACUUUACCUUUACUAAUAUCUUCUGAAGUUAAAUGCACUUGAAAAAUCUGCUAAUUUUAUUUUUAUCUAGCCAAAUUGUAUGUUUUUAUCCUAGAUUUCCAAGUCAGAGGAUUGUUACUCUGCUACAAAUCUCAAACAAUUCAAUUGUAGGUUCACUUAAAAAACAUUUGUCACCCCAUACGGACAAUGCCAAUAGGAAGUCUAAGUCUUCUCCCUUUCCAGUCGGCUCAUGGGUCCCCGGAAGAACGGAAAAAUGAAUGCAAGUCAACGGGGCUAAAAGAGCCAUUUUCUAAUCUGCUUUGCCUUACACCCUGGAUCGCACAUAUGUUGUACUUCGAUUUAAAUGAAAAGUAAUGAUGUUUGUUUCGACCACGCCUUUCAUGUACUUUGAGAUUUAUCGUCUUGUAAAAGUUUGUAAUUAGCAUGACUACACACCAGAAAUCGGCACGUCGCAUAUGUGACGUCACCACAGAAUCUCCUCUCCCCUAGCGUAGCUGCUACUUACCACAUGACCAGAUUUAUGGUGGUUCUUUCCUCCUGAAGGAAAUAUUUAAAGUUUGCUGAACUUACAGCCAUUUUCCCUUUGCUUUCCUCCGUGUCUGAAUAAAAUAGAAUAGUCUUUAUUGAUCCCACAGUGGGGAAAUUCACUUGUUACGGCAGCACCAACACUUUAGAAUAAUAUGAAGAAAAAUAAUAACAAAGGUACAUAGGCAGUAGGUUAGUAUUGUAUCCUUCGACCACAAAAAUCAUGAAUAAAAAAUUCACUUGGGUUCCAGAACUAUGCAGCAUACUGGACGCAGACAUACUGUGUAAAUCUGGUAUUGCACAAAUAUUGAACACAUACCGAGUAUUGCAUUGAUGUUAUUGUGUAACAGGAUAAUGCCAGUACUAGUUAAACUGAGGAGUUAAACACUCUAGUUUGGUGACGUCAAUUUGGUGUUGCCCAUUUGUAGUCUUGGAUGUGUUUUCACCAAAAACCUAAAAUAAUGUCUUCUUCAGCGCUCUGAAGCAAGCACUGAAGAAGACUGCAGGAGUAGUCAAAACCUCAGCAGAAUGAAGGUAAAACAACCCUUUUCUGAGUUAAAAAAAAGAACCAAGUAAUACAGGACACAUUUAUGUUCUCAGACAUGUACUGGUGUUCUUCUAAGCUAAUCUGUAGUCUUACGCUACAGACUCCCUCUAUGAAAGCAGCUUUAUUUUCUGCAGGCAGACCAUGACUCAGCAUUUGAUACUUCUCAUCUGGUCACAGCUCGUGUCUGUUUGGGUUGGUCUAUUAAGAAAUAAAAACAAUCUGCACAAUAAUCAGUCCUCUGACUAUUUGAUGCAUAAAACUGUAUUUUAGUGCUAAUUUAACGUUUAAGCAUGCUAAUUCAUCCUUAAAGUUGGUUAAUGCUAUUUGUGACUUAUGGGCCACUCAGACGUAAGCAUAUAGGCCGGGUCUACCCUACGUUACAUUUAAUUUAUCCACAUCAGACACAAAGCGUUUACCUCCAUGGUUUGCAAACAACAAACAGAAUCUAACUAAGUUUAAAGUUUUCAAGGUUGAACAUCAAACGGAACAUGAAAAUUAAUAUUCAUGUUUAAACUAUUAUAAACAAUUCCAUGAAAACAUAAAGCCCUGACAUUUGUUUGUAAUUAUUAUUAUUAUUUUUUGUAAAUAAAAGUUUUUUCUAUGUCUC